AUGAUGAAAAAAGUUCCAAGCACGACGAAAAAACUCGCUAACUCGAUCAAGAAAAACGGAAAAGAAUCAUGGAAGGGAAUUCAACGUCAGAUUUCUGGAGGAAAAAACAGAAGCGGCCUGAGUUUUGAUUCAAAGAUGAGAACGCUGCUGAGAUCGCAACCGGCUUUGGACCAGGAAGAACUCUUUCAAUCGCCGGUUAUUGGGGCUAAAUACAGCCACAGCAAUAGCGAAAGAAAGAAAAAGGAAUCGGGAAAUAUGGAGACGAAAAUAAUGCCAAGAAGAAAUGCUAUUCGGAGAUCAAGAAGAAAAUUAAGGCUUCGACCCCGUGAUAGAAAGAAUUCAGAAGAUGAAGAAUGGACGGAUAUCGUCGAAAAACGCCCCGCUGUAAAAGGGCUAACGAUGACUGAAAUCGUCCAAGUGGCAAUUUUCAAAGAAAAGCUUCAAAGUUCUGUCAACAGGAGAAAAGAAGAGGAAAAGCGAAAAAGUCUGUCGAUGAGCAGAAAUUCCUCCAGGCCGAGCAGUGCAACUUUGAGGAGCUCAAGGAGAAUCCGCUCAAGAGCGAGUAGAAGAAGUGGAAGUAGCAGUAGAAAAGGGCGAAAUUCUCAAUCGCGAAAUCGUCGAAAUUCUCAAUCGAAGACUCGCCGGGAACUCACCCAAAAUCGUCGAUCUUCUUUUCUCAAAGCCGCCGACAAUCCAGUUCUCCAAUCUGCAGCGUUGUGGAGGAAUUAUGAGCUUAGAGCGAUUUCGCGGUGCUCCGAAACUCAUGAGUAUUUUAACAUGGAACCGACCGGUGAAUCAUCCUCUUUUGACAAUUUUCAAGUCCCAAUACCGCCAAAACGAGAUGAUUUAGAGAUUUUAAAAUCCGAAAAAAUGAAAAAUGAAGAGUUUUUGAUCGAUUUUCUGGAGCAAAUUUCAGAGAAAUCAAUCUUAGACUGCAGUCGACGACUUUCGACCGGCGACAACAUCGGAAGAUUCACAGAGCCCUCUCGCGUCGCGCCCGUACCUAUUCAGCCAUCACGUGAUCCACUGCCAAUUUGGAAGCAAUCUGCUGAGCCAGACGCGCACUUGUGGACAGACUGCGAUUCGUCGAACGAAAGCUGCUAUCUGAAAUCGCAGCCAGAUUGUAAAUCUAAAAGCUCCUCCAGGGAACGGUGCAAUGCUUGUAGAAUUGCUGUCCAUACGAAUUGUAAGAAGAAAAAUCAAGCUCUCCCGAAAUGCCGCGUUACAUUCAACGACGGCCACCAGACCAGCAGCUUAGCGGAGCACAAGUGGGUAAAGCUCCCGCGUGCUUCUGGCCGCUGCUCUUAUCCCGACUGCCGCGAGAAAUUUGACAAGUCAAAGCUUCCGAAAAUGCUCUCGACGGAAAAGAAACACUCGGAAGAAGAAGCGCCUGUAAUGUGCUCCUGGUGCAAGCAAAGCUAUCAUUACAAAUGCGCGAUGAAAUUGGCGAAUGAGGACGUUUGCGACUUUGGAGAACAUCGACAACUCGUUGUGCCGCCAAGUUGGAUUCAUAAAAAGAGUGAUUCUGAAAUGGAAGAACGCGACGACGUGGAAAGACGCUUGACAGAUGAUUUCGAAAUAAUACCCGAAGAUGUUGGCGACAAAACGCCUUUAUUGGUUUUCAUCAAUCCUAAAUCUGGCGGCAAUCAGGGCCAUUACGUCCUCGCUGAAAUGCAAUAUCUGUUGAAUCCGAGGCAGAUUUUCGACUUGACUAAAGGCGGUCCAAAGCAAGCACUGGAGCUCUUUCGAGACGUUCCGAAUCUGCGCAUCUUGUGUGCAGGUGGCGACGGCACUUGUGGCUGGGUGAUGUCAACAAUCGAUGACGUCGGCUUUGCUGUGAAGCCGCCCGUCGCCAUCCUCCCUCUUGGGACGGGCAACGAUUUGAGUCGCUCGUUUGAUUGGGGAGGCGGCUAUACGGGCGGCGAUCUAUCGAAAAUUCUCAAGGCGGUUGAAAACGGCAAAGUGUCAGCUCUGGACCGCUGGAACAUCGAUGCCGAUGAGGAAAUUAACCUUCCGCUGAAAGUUCUGAAUAAUUACUUCACUGUUGGGGUUGAUGCUGAAGCUUGCCUCAAAUUUCAUUCCGAGCGAGAGCAAAAUCCUGACAAAUUCAACAGCCGCCUGGGGAACAAGAUCCUCUACACGCACUACGGGGUGAUGGAAUUUCUCAAGUUCAAUUGCGCCAGUCGCGAAAUGUACAAACACGUCAAUAUUAUUUGCGACGGCGAGGACAUGACGGCCAAACUGGAAAGAAUAAAGGCCUGUUGCGUCAUGCUUCUCAACAUCAAAAGCUAUUCCGGAGGGUUCAAGCCAUGGGAUGAAUCGAAAGGAAAAGCAUCAACGGCGGAUGAGAAAAUAGAAGUUUUAGCAUUCAGUCAUCAUCAAUUCGUGAAUCUGUAUCUUGCAAAGGGAACUGGAGAAAGUCUUGGCCAAUUUUCAGAAGUUGAGCUUAUUUUAAAUCAUACUCUGGCACUGCAAGUCGACGGAGAACCAGUUCAAAUCAAAGUUAACCCGUCGGCGUCAGCUCGCUUCAAAAUCUCCCAUCGGAACCAGCACAGGCUCAUGAUGCGCCGCCGCGGGAAGGACAAAAAACGAGUUCCAGAACCAGACUUUUGA